UUCCUCCCUGCUAGGCUCUUCUGGAACACAAAGACUAUUCUCCCUCACCCCAGAGUGAAGGGAGGGCUAGGACUUUCAGCCCCACCCUCAGCAUGAUGUGUCUUCCCCCUCCUCUGCUUCUUGGUACUUCCUCUCUGGCGGACUUAGACGACAGCAACCAGACCUGGGGCUGGGGACCCUGGAACAGGGGCAGGUCUGGGAAUAGACUACACCACUCUGCCCUGGUCUUCAGAUUGGCACCAGCUUCCCACCGGUACCCGGCAAAGCCUGGAAGUCCUUGCAGUGGCCACAGACCCUACAUCUUGGGCAGUACCUCUUCAUUAGGGGUCAUGUUCAUCGUUCCGUUGACUAUCAUCCUACUGUCAGUGGCGCUGGCUGUGGGGCUUCCCGGCAACAGCUUUGUGGUGUGGAGCAUCCUGGUAAAGAUGCGGAAGCGCUCUGUCACUGCCUUGUUGGUGCUGAACCUGGCCUUGGCAGACUUGGCUGUAUUGCUUACCGCCCCCUUUUUCCUCUACUCUGUGGCCCAGGGCGCCUGGGGUUUUGGACUGUUUGGCUGCCGCCUGUUUCACUAUACCUGUGGAGUCAGCAUGUAUGCCAGUGUCCUGCUGAUCACGGCUAUGAGUCUGGACCGCUCGCUGGCAGUCGCCCUCCCCUUCGUAUCCCAAAAGUUUCGUACCAAGGCUGUUGCCUGGUGGGUGCUAGCAAGCAUCUGGGUGAUGUCCUUUCUGCUGGCCAUACCUGUCAUCAUGUACCGCAACGUGGACUUGAGACAGGACAACCAGACUGGCUGCCUCCUAACGUACUCCAGCAAGCGAGCCAAAGCAUUCCAUCUGCUCUUUGAGGCCCUCACCGGCUUCCUGCUGCCCUUCCUGGUGGUGGUGGCCAGCUACUCGGACAUCAGGCGCCGGCUGCAGGCCCGGCGCUUCCGCCGCAGCCGCCGCACUGGCCGCCUGGUGGUGCUCAUCAUCCUGGCCUUCGCCGCCUUCUGGCUGCCCUACCACCUGGUGAACCUAGUCGACGCGGGCAGGGUGCUGGCCGGCAGGGGCGCUGGGCCCAUGGGAGACCCGCUGUUACUGGCGCGCCACGUGUUCAUCGCGCUGGCUUUCCUGAGCAGUAGCGUGAACCCCGUGCUGUACGCGUGCGCCGGUGGCGGCCUUCUGCGCUCGGCCGGCGUGGGCUUCGUCGCCAAGCUGUUGGAGGGCACCGGCUCCGAGGCGUCCAGCACCCGCCGCGGGGGCACCCUCGGCCAGACGGUGAGGGGCGCCCCCGCGCCUUCCGAGGCUGGCCCCUCCGGGAGCCUCGCCGACUCCAUCGACGCUCUCCAGUGAAACGAACUGAACUAGCCCUGGGGGUUGCUGGUGGUGGUGGUGCUACUGCUGGUAGAAGGACGCUGGCGGUCCUCGUGGCAGAAUGUUCCCCACAUUGGCCUGACCCAGUUUACCUCGUGGAGGAGGAGGAGGAGGAGGAGUAGGAGUAGAACAGGAGUGGGGUGGAGCGGAAGAGGAGGGAGGGGAGGGGCGGGGCAGGGCAGGUAAGGGCAAAGUGAUAGCCUGGAGCAGCUUUGCGAUUAAAACUGGUAUCACGUUGGGUCAGCCCUGUGUGGGGCACGUGCAUUAGGGGCAAGAGGGAUGCUCCUGGCACUCUUAGCGGAGGGGGUCCUUCUCAACAGGUAAGAGGCACAUCCUUUAGUUUCCCAUGAUUUUCAGUUUGGAAAGGGACACAAAGGUACAGAAACCAGAAUCCCCUCUCCUCCCACAUUCUGAAGCGCUGCAGAUCAUACUUAGAACAAGACAGGGCUACAGACCCCUGAAGGAGCUGACCAAGGAAGACCACCCAUGAGGGCCUAUCACUCCAGACUCCUUGAAUCAGCGGAUGUUCUAAGUACACUUAGCACUGCUGUGGGACUUCUCCCCUGAAGCUUGUGAUGGGUAUCACUGUUACCAUGACUCCAACUUCCUGCUACUCAUCUUUGUCCUUUCAGUGUGCAAUGUUCUAAGGGACUUUCCUCCAUUUUCCAAAGAGGUUUCACUUGAAAACAAACUCAUCAGAUCUCAGUCCGUGGAAUUCUGCACAUCAGCUUUCUGCCAGUACCCAAAAUACACUCUGAUGCCCUCUGUAACCCUGGUCAUUCUUAGGAAAUUAAGAUUCCUGUAAGUGAAAGAGUUAAGUCUUUCUUUCUGAGGGAUGACUGUUGUUUUAGAGAGCCUGAGACUGGUUCUGGUCCAACUGCAUUUUAGGAAGAUGGUAGAAGAAGUGGCAGCAGUGUACUUUCGUAAUCUCUCCUGUAAAGAGCAAGCAACUAGGAGAAAAACCAAGAAUCCACGUGUAACAAACCUAGGGUGUCAAGAUAUUGCUCACAGACUCCAAAUAUGAGCAAGGAGCAAUGAACCAGGGAUGCUCCAGGACCCAUCUAAAUCAGCACCUGCUGAAGGAAGCAAGAGGGUAUCUGAGGGACCUGAGAACAAGAGAAGCCCCAAACUGUCUACAGGUCUUGGCUGGAAAGCAUGGGUCAAUUUGACAACAGGGAGGGACCCAACAGAUCAUUUCCCAGGCCUCUAGUGCCCAUGCUGCCUUGGAAGCACAGAAUAGAUGCUUAUUUAGUGUUUAUUGAAUGAAUAAAGGUCAAAUGA